CACCAGUUUUGGUGGAUUACCCCAGAUAUCUUUACCAUCAGGAGGGUGUAACACCAGUCCUUUCUCUCAGCUCCUGUCUACACGGUGUCCAGCUGCGAACGAGGACCUCUGGCAACAUUAGGAACAUUAACAACUCAAGAUAAAGGAUCUGAAGAUUUUUAUUCGUUCUUUUACGCACGCCGAGCACAACAAUGCAUUCAUUUACUUCAGAGUUGAGGAUGACGCUGCCUUUUUCAUUCCCAGCGUUUCUGAUUUUGGCACCCUUAUUGAUGAAGGGUCUCUGUGUCAGUGGCUCCCCGGGCUGCGCGUCCUGUGGCUUGCCGGCGAUGGAGAAAGACGCAGAGGAAAGGCUGAUGAUAGAAAUCGCCAAACAGCAACUUUUGGACAAGCUGCACCUGAAAGAGAGACCAAACAUCACUCAGACCGUGCCCCGCGUUGCGCUCCUGACAGCGCUCCGCAAACUACAUUCGGGCCGCAUUAGACAGGAUGGUACUCUUGAACUAGAAAACAAUAUACCUACAAAAGAUCAAGGCUAUGAAAUAGUGAGCUUUGCAGAUAUAAAUAAGACAGAGCAUGGUGAGAAGGACAGCCUCAGUCUUACCUUCCAGUUUCUGCAGGAACAUGGCCAAAGUAUCCAGGUCCUCCAGUCAUCUCUGUGGAUCUACGCCCGUUCCUCUGAGGACCCUCACAGAGACUCCCGGCUCCCUGCGCGGGUUUUCCUCUCCACAGAUGGUGGGGACUCAGGCUCUAAUCGCACCCUGGUGAUAGAAAAGAUGCUGGAGGUCCAGGAGAGUAACUGGCACACCUUCCCCAUCACCCGCACCCUGCAGGCCUUCCUAGAUGGAAACCAACACCGACUGCAUCUGGAGGUCAGCUGUGAUGAGGACGGGAAGAACCUUUGCUCCCUGGAUGGCUCUGCCGAUACCCCCUACCAGCCCUUCAUGGUAGCCCAGGUGCGUCUCCGUGAAAACCACUCCAAACACUUACUCAGGAAGCGCUCGUUGCGAUGUGGUGACGAUGUUACUGUGUGCUGCAAGAGAGACUUCUACAUCAAGUUCAAGGAUAUCCAGUGGCACGACUGGAUCAUUGCACCCGAAGGUUACCAUAUGAACUACUGCAUGGGUCAGUGCCCCCAACAUCUGUCUGGUUCCCCAGGGAUAGCAUCCUCAUUCCAUGCCACUGUCUUCAGCCAGCUGAAAGUCAACGGCAUUAACACAGCUGCAUCUUCAUGUUGUGUUCCCACUGAGCGUCGGCCACUGUCCAUGGUGUACUUCAACUCUCAGCACAGCAUUGUCAAAACAGAUGUCCCUGAUAUGAUAGUGGAGUCCUGUGGAUGUACAUAAAGGACAUAAUAUGAAAGAUAUGGUUAAUGUUGUGCUUUAACACAGGAAACUUAGAAUUCUGCGUGUUACUUGGCAGAAAGAUACAAACACGCAUGAACAAAGGAGAUUAAUUUUCUGUGUUUAGAUUACAUUAGGGAUAUAUUAGGCACAAAGAAAAAGAGUAGAGUAGUAAGAUAUUACCACAGCACUCAUAUAUUCUGCCAAGAAUAUGAAUAAAUUUCAAGAUUUAAAUCACUAGAUUUCUUUUUGGUAUUAUAUAUUAAGAAAUCAUACAGUUCUACGUUCAUCCUAAUUUUAUAAGCCUUUAAGAUGCAGUAUGUAAUGAGCUGGCUGGAAAGAAAAUGUUGAGUGCCUAGAACCAGCUGAGUCAGUCUAAAUAAGAGUAUACACUGAGUCUGAAUGCAGACAUUUUUUAUUGAUAUGUCAGAGGCUUAAAUUAAAGAGAGGCUAGAAAUUAAGAAUAAUAAUUAAUAUAUGGCAGACUCAACACAAUAGGAAAGGUAUGAUAUUAAUAAAAACAUUUAUAUUGGUGACAAGCAGAUCAGGCCAGGGCAGGUGAGUCAAUGGAGGUCACACCAAACACAAAGAGAUUAAUAUGAAGCCUUUGCUGAAGUGUAGAUUUCAGGGCAGCAAUCUUUUGUCAUUUUCAUCAUAUGUAGGUUAUUUAUUUUUUCUGCUGGAAUUCAGAUCAAAGUAAAAUGUUGUAAGGUUCUCAGGAAAUUGGGAGCUCUUUCAAACCUUUAGCUACAGUAUGUUUCAUGUAAUAGUCACUGUGUCCACAUAUGAUAUACAAUAUUUACUUUAAAUACUUAACUUUAUUUUAAAGCAAGGCUUUUUAAACAAUGACAGAGAUCCUUGAUUUAAAGUGUGCCUUCUUCAUUAAUGCAUGAUGACAAAGUGCAACUUGUACAACUUGAACAUUGAGUUUCAAGUUAUCUUCAUUUAAUCUCCAGUUCUUUUUAUGUGGACCUGUGACAUAAUGUUCAUAUGGGCUAUUGUUUGUUUUCUGAUAUUAUUACUCUUUCUUUCUUUCUGUAUCCAACAUUUUCAUUUUAUUGUAAAGUUGUGAAAAGGAGCAGUUUUUAUUACAUUGCAUGAAAACACUGAACUGAAAUGGUUUGGACAGGCACAAACUGCCUUGAGUUCUGUCUGAGUACAGCCGAUGCUGCAUGCAGGUUGAAAUAUGUUUCAUCAGCAUCUCCACUGUAUUGUUUACACAAGUCGGCUAAUCAGUUGGGUAACUAUGGCUCUGUGUAUGAACCCAAGGUCAUUUCUCAGCAGCGUGAGCAAACAUUUAGCUAUUGCUUCAGUGUCAUGUAAUGUGAAGGUCUGUGAGGCAGGUGGGUCAAUGAGCAUGUACUGUUGCACGUUGGCAUUUACAUCUCUCAAAGUCUAAAGUUUUCUUGGGGUGAUGUAAAAUUAGAAACUUUCCAGAAAAGACGACCUGGUAAUCAUUUCUGGGGAUUGGAAACCUCUUUCUCACAUGCUAACUGCAUAACUCAUAACUCUAAUUUUGUUUUGAGUAUGCGCAAUACCAUGUCCAUACCAUUUUAAAACUACUUGAUUUAAAAGGUAAGACCAAGUUUGAUGACGUUUUUGUCCAAACAUUGCAUUAACUUCUUUCACCCCUCUCUUUUUCCUCUAAGCUGCACUUGUAUUAUUUCUCAUAGUUCAAACCUAUGCAAAAAUUUUAGCGCUAGAGUUUAUUGUUUAUUACUUCAUCUUGUAAGCACCCCCGUCACAGGACUAAAUGUGGCAUUGAGGUGCCAUCGUAACAUAACUUACUAAGCACUUUAUCACCCUACUGUAUUUUUAGGGCAAAUUUUGCUUGAAGGGUCUACUAAUAACUCAGGUGAGCACAACCUAGAAAAUGUAAAUAGGCCUACAGAAAGCAAAUGUCAAUCCGCUUAUUUUCUUAAGCUUUAGUUGUGUUUAAAUGUGUGAUAUUGCAUGUGUUUGCAGAGCACACAGAUGAUGCAGAAAUUUCUGUAUACUGUAACUGGUUGUGGAAAUGGAGCCAGGAUUUGGAUUUUGUGUCGAUUUAAAGUUACAAUUACUGUCUUUAUUUUUAUAUCAUAAUAUAUUUUAUGCACAAUUAAUGAUUUGUUAUGGCAAUUAAAUGUAAAACAUUUGUCAUUUUGUGCUGAUUAUAAU